AUGCUGGUUGCCAAGCGCCUUCACCACAAUCUUCGCUUCUCGUCUUUUCUUCUCUCCUUAGUCCUCCUCCAACUACUCCUGGUAGUAGGUCCCCUGAGCGCCAAGAGGUUCCCAUGUUUCCCUGAGUACUGCCUUCACGACAAAGACUACGAGGAGCUGCUGCAGAUCGCCAAAGAUGGGCUGGAACCCGCAACUCAUCCGGCCAACGUGGUCAUCGUCGGCGCGGGAAUAAGUGGACUCACAGCAGCCAAGUUGCUCCGAGACGCCGGCCACACGGUUACCAUUCUGGAAAUGAGCAGCCAGGUCGGUGGGCGGAUCAAGACGUACCGGCCAGAGGGGCAGGACUGGUACGUGGAGCUGGGACCCAUGCGCCUGCCAGCCAAGCACAGGCUCGUCCGUGAAUUCGUUAGGCAGUUUGACCUGAAGCUCAACCCCUGCAUCCAGACGGAUGCCAAGACCUGGUACUUUGUGAACGGCACUCGGAUAAGAGCUGAGGAGGUGACUAGAAACCCCGACAUCCUGAACUACACGGUGAAGCCAUCAGAGAGAGGCAAGAGUGCCAGCCAGCUCUACAGAGGAGCCCUGAACAAGGCUUUCAAGAAGUUCCAGACUAUGGACUGCAAGAAAUAUCUAGCUGAACAUGACUCCUUCUCCACCAAGGAGUAUUUGAUUAAAGUAGGAAAUCUAAGCCGAGGAGCAGUGGAGAUGAUCGGCGACUUGUUGAACGAGGACUCUGGGUUUUAUCUGUCCUUCCUUACCUCGCUGUGGAGUUUUGAUGUCUUCGAUGAUGAGAGUUUUGACGAAAUCACGGGAGGGUUUGACCAACUCCCCAAAGCCUUCCACGAAGCGCUGCCCAACGUCAUCCGGUUCAACUGCACAGUGGAGAAAAUCAUGACCAAAGGCAACAAAGUCCGUGUGUUUUAUCGUGCUCCGGACACUCUGGCCCCGACCGUGACAACUGCGGAUUACGUCCUCGUCACGUCCUCGGCCAAAGCCACCAGGCACAUCCAGUUCCUGCCGCCGCUCUCUCCUCCCAAAACCCACGCCCUCCGCUCCGUCCACUACAUGAGCGCCUCCAAAAUAGCCUUGGCUUGCACCGAGAAGUUCUGGGAGAAGGACGGGAUCCGAGGAGGACAGUCCAUCACCGACCGCCCUUCCCGCUUUAUCUACUACCCCAGCCACAACUUCUCCAGCGGGGUGGGCGUGAUCCUGGCUUCCUACACCUUGAGCAGCGAUUCGGAGUUUUUCCUGCCUCUCACAGAUGAGGACUGCCUGGACGUGGUCUUCCAAGACCUGUCAGAUAUCCACCAAGUGAGCAAGGAGUACCUGCAGUACACCUGCGACCGGUACGUGAUCCAAAAGUGGCAGCUGGACAAACACUCCCUGGGGGCGGUUGCUGCCUUCACCCCUUACCAGUUCGUUGACUACGCGCGGGCUCUCUUCCAGCACGAGGGCAGGCUGCAUUUUGCAGGAGAACACGCAGCUCAACCUCAUGGUUGGAUAGACACGGCCAUGAAAUCGGCCAUCCGGGCCGCCAGCAACAUCCCACGCCGGACGCUGCACGAGGAGGAGGAGGAGGAGGAGGAGGAGGAGGAGUGGGUGGGGAGUUUCUUGCAGAAGGAAGAUCUCUGA